AAAGCCAUUAUUGAUGUUUAGCUAUUAAUUAUAUCUAUGGAAAGAUUGUUAAAACUAUUAUUGAUGUAUUUGACAAAAGUAACUGCAUAAGACCACAUAAUUAAUGUUAGGCAGAAAAACAUGUUUGUUUGAAACUAAAGAUGACGGCAUUGCAGUUUAGGAAUACGUCAGAGAUAGUACCUGGGUAUGCCCUGAUAAGCUUGGUUGAGGCUAAGACAGACUGGCCAGAUGUCUUGGGCCACGGCCAACCUCAGAGGGUGCGGUCUCAGGAUCUGUGGAGUUGCGCCAAAACUGUUACACAAGUGAACAGUAUAAAGAGGGGUACAUCUAGGCAAUCUGAUCAUGUCUGAUUGUAUUGAUUGUCAUGUCUGAUGUCUGAUGUCUGAGUCAGUCUGAGAGUCUGAGUAUUUGUGGUGUGUGUAUUUGAGUGUAUUUUUGGGACCCAUGGAUGGACGCAUCCUCGGUGUUGUUUUUUCCCGCUGAUCGCCUGCUUUUCUCCUGGUCCAAAGAUUGCCCAGAUGUCCCCUCCCAUUGCGCCCCAGAAGCGGCAGGAUAGGAUGAUGCAAACAGAGAUCACGAUUCUUGUUGGCAUGGCUGUUAUUGUGACCGGUGCUCUGUUGGGACUCCUUUUGGUCGUAUGCGUAAGCCAAGCACUGAUGAGCCAGAGGAUGAAAGUGAGGUGUCCGGUGCCAGCUAUCACACCUUCCAUGAGGGAAGCAUGACCGUUCCGUAUUGCACAACAUGGGCAUCCUGCUCAUCCCAUUUACCUUUGAUGACAACGUAACCUGUUUGACCAAAAAUGAAUAUGGAAGUUGGAUGCUCCUUACCAAGCGGGAAAGGGUGGUAUUCGAACUAUCAGAAGAAGACACAAUUACCUGUGACAUCCCUUCCUCCACUGUGCAUUGUGUAACUAAAGAUUUUUGUUCUGCUGCAGUGACCAGGGAAGACUGUAAGGAGUCUAAGGAGGAUGAGAGCUGGACAAUUGUUUUACAGGAUGAGAACUUAAUAUUUGAACUGCAAGAAGGGGUUGGGUUGAUUUGUGAAAAUCCCAGUAUGCCUUCCACUUCCCCAAAACUAACAGUGGGGAUUCAGGAACGCAUUUUAGGUUGUAAAACAUCCAUUGAUACACAGGUUUUGGGCUGUAAUGUUAAACAUAUCAUACACUGAUGGGGAACCAGAGGGACUGACAUAUGUGUGUAAAUAUACAGGAAAAGAGUCAUCUGAACCUCUUUUAAUGUAUAUCAGGAGACCUGUAAUAGAUGGGAAAUUAUUAAACAACCGACACAAGGGAAAGAGGGACCAUGCACGGCGCCGUCUAGGCUCCCUGCAUGCCUCCUCAUGGGAACUUGAUAAUACCUUUGUAAAAACUGCCAAAGAUGUGUUUAAUGUGACAAAUGUUCAGGGACCAUGUUGGGUAUGUGGGUUUGUGCCUCACGGGCAGACUAGGGGUUACCCUUAUCUAGGUGUACCUUUAACCAUGAGUAUGCUUGCCGAUAUGAUUGGGAAUAAGACUGUGUGGAAUUUUACAGGUCUUAACACACCAGGCAGGGAUGACUUGCUGGAUAAGUUGCAUCUAGCUAACAAUGUGACUACAGGUGCUAUUAUGUUUCAAAAUCUAGAUGGGGAGAUAUAUAGUACUAAUAACCUAACCCAGCUACCUGACAUGAUAAUGUUAAUGUAUAACAUAGGACGGCUAGUUAAAAAUAGGACAGGGGUAUUCAACAUUAAACUGAAAUUCUAUGACUUCUCAUAUUUGACUUAUGCCCAUGAGAAAUGGAAGACUAAGUUUGGUGAGCCCAGAGACCUUAUUAAAGACUGGUACCAGCUUAAUAGGGAAACACUAGCAGGUAACACACGGACUAAGGAUGGGAGGAAGCGAUUGAAUAGGAUAUGUCCACCUUUUGUUAAACUGCCAGUGGGAUAUUAUUGGUUGUGUGGCAGGUGGGCAGUAAAGGUAAUACCUUGCACCCAUUAUGGCCCAUGCUUUUUAGGAUAUAUAUUCCCUGCUUUUAACAUAACCACCGCGCUUCCACCGCCUAUAUUGCAUAGAACACGAAGAUACCUUGACCUGGACAAAAUACACAAUGGAGUUAAGAUUAGUGAAGGUAUGCGCCUGCUUGCAACAUUUGUCCCUCAUUAUGGGGCUGCCACAGCCCUCACUAGAUUAAAUACGCUAGCUGAUUUAGUGGAUGAAGCUUUUAAUGUAACUAGAGAUGCAAUAGAGCUCUUAGCAUUAGAACAGGAACAAAUUAGGAUGGUGGCAUUGCAGAAUAGAAUGGCUCUAGACUAUCUCCUAGCUGCAGAAGGAGGAGUUUGCCAAAGAAUCCACCAGCAAUGCUGUGUGUACAUAGAAGACAAUACAGGUAAAAUCAAACAUGACCUACACAGACUAGAAGAAGUGCAAAAGCACAUACGUGAGGUACAUGAUGAUUCAUUUAGCAAAUGGCUUAAAGACUUUGACUGGACUUUUGGACUGGGGGGAUGGCUUGGAAGCUUAGGCAAAACUAUAGUUAAAUGGCUAUUAAUAAGUCUGGCUUGCUUGUGUGGGAUAUUCAUUAUAGUAAAAAUGUUUGGAUGUUUCUGUAAUACAUUGGGUAGGAUGUGUUUUAAACCAAAAGACAAUAUUACUUGAGUGUUUUAAUUAUUAAGGUAUGUGUUUAGAAACAAGCAAGGUGUCACAUGACCAAGGGGUGGAAUGUAAGGAAAGUGGUUGCAGUAAUUGCUCAUAUAACACUUGCUUAAACUUGUGUGACUUUGCCUUUAAGAGAGUGAAAGCAUUGCACUAACUUGGGUGACUUUGCCUUUAAGAGAGUGUGCCUUUAACAGAGUAAAAGACAUUAAUUAACUUCAAGUAGAUGACACUGAAUUUUGCUAAGUCAUGCUACAAGUGGUAAACAACCGAUGGAUGCUGAUGAUAAGAAGUCAAAACCCAGACAGAACAAGGGUGUAACCUUGGCAGGGGUCACUUACUGACAUUAAGGAACACAUUGGUAUAGGGGCUAAUGCCAUGGUAAUAUUGUUAAUUAUUAUUAAGUGCAAUAGGCUAAGUAAUAUUAAUUGCAAUAGGCUAAGUAAUAAAGCCAUUAUUGAUGUUUA